UCCAGGAAUCAGUGUGUGUGUUGGCUGAUCUCGAAUCUACAGUGUCUGAGUCUACAGGAUAGGAGACACAGAGAGAGAAAGAGACAGAGAAACAGAUAGAGAGAGAGAGAAAGAGAGACAAAAGGAAGCCAAGAGACAAAAACCUUGUUUAUAUUUAUUCUUCUGGGACUUGAUUGAAAACUGAGGAGCACAUGGUUACUGCUGUAGUGCUGGUCCCCUCCUGUGAGUGAAGGGACAGACAGAUAGAAAGAAGAAAUACAGGAGAGUUAACAGAGUUUAGCCAGAGACUCCAGAGCAGACAGAGACCCCCACAGCCUCCAUUCCCACUGUGCUCCCCCAUAUGAUGGAAGACUACACGCUGCCUUUCUGGAUAUACAUGGGAGUGCUGACCGUGUUCAUUGGAGGAGCCAUGAAGAAGGUGCUGGCGUCCCACAUCAGUGCUGCCCCGACCCUAGUGGCCUGGCUGGGUGCCACCGUGCUUGUGGAGAGGCUCUGGGCGUUUUGUUUGCCAGCCGUCCUGAUGCUGGCACUGCUCUGCUUCGCCUGCUGCUUCUACUCUGCCAGGAACUCCCCGGUGCACACUCUGUCCGCAGAAGGCAAGGCCGUGUUCAUCACAGGCUGUGACACUGGAUUUGGGAAAGCUACAGCGAAGCAUCUGGAUGCACUUGGCUUUGAGGUGUUCGCUACCGUGCUGGACCUGUCUGGGGAGGGAGCCAGGGAGCUCCAGAGAACCUGCUCAGCCCGCCUUACCCUCCUCCAGGUGGACAUAACACAGCCUCAGCAGGUCCAACAGGCUCUGCUGGACACAAAAGCCAAACUGGGCCUCAAAGGUCUCUGGGGUUUAGUCAACAACGCUGGAGUAUGUGUGAACUUUGGCGAUGCUGAACUGUCGCUGAUGUCAAACUACCGUGGCUGCAUGGAGGUCAACUUCUUCGGCACGGUGACUGUCACAAAGGCUUUCCUUCCGCUACUUCGGCAAGCCAAGGGACGCAUCGUUACUGUAUCCAGCCCCUCCGGUGACCAGCCUUUCCCUUGCCUGGCAGCAUAUGGUGCGUCCAAAGCAGCUCUCAACCUCUUUGUCAACACCCUGCGCCAUGAACUGGAGCCCUGGGGCGUGCGAGUCUCCACUAUCCUGCCCUCCUCCUACAAGACAGGUCAGUCCAGUAACCAUGCUUACUGGGAGCAGCAGUACAAGCACCUGCUGCAGAACCUGCCUCCGGGUCUGCUGGAGGAGUACGGAGAGGACUACAUGAACGAGACCAGGGAACUCUUCCAGAUUCAUGCCAAGACGGCCAAUGAGGACCUCAGCCCCGUCAUCAACACCAUCGUCCAGGCACUGCUGUCGCCACAGCCCUUGGUGCGCUACUAUGCCGGGCCUGGAGUCGGCCUCAUGUACUUCAUCCACAGUUACUUGCCCUUCAGUGUCAGCGACAAGUUCCUCCAGAAACUGUUUGUCAAAAAGAAGCUCAUGCCGCGCGCACUGAGGAAGCAGUCAGGCCUCGGCAUCAACCACCACCUCAACAACAACAACAACAACAACAACAACAACAACAUCAACAAUAACAACAAUGAGAAACUAGUCAAGUAGCCAGUUAGUCAAGAGUAGAAGAAUUUUGAUCGUAUUAUUCUGUGAAACUAGAGGACCACUUCUGUAACACACUCAUACUGUUGUAUUCUGUUGUGCAUUCUUUUGGUUUUGUAUAUGGUAUUUUUUUUUUAAUUGUUGAAGGGAUCAUAGAAACAGUUUUUGUUUGUGUGUUUGUCUGUUUGUGUAUUGUUUGGCCUCAUGACACAUUUAUCCCAUGGAUGGUGAGGAAACAUCUUGAGGUCAGGGGUCAGGUUAGAGCUAGCAACAUGACCACAGGCUGAUCAACAGAACACUAGCUUUACCUCUGUCAACUUGAUCCCACAUCAGCACUGGUCUGAGACCAGAUGUACUGUAGUCAUAGACUCUGGAGAUGCGUGCACUCACACACAUAUACAGAUGCAAACAAAGAGAGAGCUAGAGUGCUUCAUGUGCCUUGAUCACAAACUCAAAAGGCGAGAUAAAGAAAAUAUAACCCAGAGGAAGAGAGAGGAGACAAUAACCAAGAAAAAUGAAAGAUUCUAGAUCAGUAGAUUUCACUCCAACCAAAGAACUACAGGACCGCAUUUCGCUGCAUACAACCUAACCUUACACACCAGGGGAGGUAAGAAGGUAACCAUAACUGUAGUGCUGACUGAAACCCAGAGAAGAGCAGCAACAGCAACAUGGGUGAAAAAGGCAGCUGAGGCUCUAUGUAUGUCUACACACACACACACACACACACACACACACACACACACACACACACACACACACACACACACACACACAUACAGAAGAAGACAAUGUUGACAGAAGAUGAUUUUUCUCUGCUGCUAAAAUCACACCAGGAAACAAGAUGAAGAAUGAACUGUUUGCACUGACAUGUAAACAAAGGCAAUGAACUGCAUGAGGAGAGGAGAAGCUUUUCCCCAAGGCAAUUGAACCAAACACAUGAGACCAACAGCUGACGGUCACACAGUAGCGGCUGGUGUGUGAAGAAUUAGACAAGCAAGCCUGUGCACUCUACAGAUUCCAAAGCUAGUGCACGGUUUUGUUUUUUUUUCCAUACAUGUGCUUUUUUUGUCUUUAGGAACAUGACAAAACUGCUGUAGUUCAAGGUUCAUGGUACUGCAGAAACUGAGUUCAAAAAGGAACAUCCUGAAUCAUAACAGAUCCAGUGAGAGACAGACUAGCAAGUAGUUAUAUCCUCAUUAUUUAACCAGAAGCUGUUUGUAGUUUAGUGAGGCUUUAUUUCAUUUAGAUGGUAUGUGACUUUUGCCACUAUAAGAACUCAUGCCUAAUGCACAUAUUGCACAUCCCAAUAAAACAGAAACAUCAGUAUAUCUGUGCAAUAUUGCAACACAGCUUGGAUUUAAAAAAAAAAAAAAAAAAAAAAAAUGUCCUGAAAUGAGCACAAACUCCAAUAUGAAUGAUGUGAAAAUGAUGUUGGUCCAUCAGCAGGAAUUAAAUAGGACAAUCAGGUGAAAAGGCUGGAAAUGGUUAGGUUUAGUGAAGUAAAGUGAUUUGGAGUUGUUUGGUCAUGGUCAGAUAAGAAAAAACUUUGAACAAAUAUUUCAACUUUACUCACCCAAGUCGAAACCCGCUAACGCCCUUAUUUCAGUGUCUUAUUUUUUCUGAGUCUCGUCUCCACAAAAUCCUCUCCUGGUGAGACGACACAUUUCUCUGUUCUUGUGCCUGGAGCACGAAUUCACAAUGUAAGAAAUUUUGUUCAUUUCACAAAAUUUCAGGCUAUCAUGCUGAAUAUUUUCAUGACUUUCGAAUGUGCUCUUCACAAUGAAAUAUGUGUUAAAGGCAUAGUUCAAUGCCGCCACCCCCACCCCACCGCCAGUUUUAAUGUAGGACAGUAGUGGUGCUAUCUUCCUCUCAUUGUUACUGAGUGCUGGAUACUGGCUGGAUGCUCCAUGUGUUAACUGUUAGCCUCCUGCCACUGAGCUUGACUUCCCCCAGCUGUAAAACACCAUAUCAAAGUUUUCAUAAUGGGUGAACUGUCAAGUCAAAGAAAAAGGACAUGUGCACGCACGUCACACAUGCUCUUCCAUUUGAUGCUUUCGGCCGUUGAAUUGCCGUGUUUUCUGGUCAGAUUGUUUCUCUUCUGCCAUGUAGCUCUCGGUUUUGCUGUCAGCUGGUUUUCUCCAGCGUCUCACCGUGGAUAACUUAACCUCCAUCCAGCCGGUUUGUUACUGCCUGCCCAGGAGUCUCUCAGUCAGUACAGCCGAUGAAAUGAGCUGCUGUUGUGUUUGGUUGGAGGAGACCUCUCAGACUCGUACACUCCUGGUUUCUAAGAAUAUGAGACUGACACCACAUUUUCCAUUAUAUAUAUUUUUGCUACUUUCAAUAUUUUUUACAUGUAUUUACAUAUUAAUUAUUUUGUUAAAUAUAUUUAUGGAAUAUAUAUUUGCAUUUGUUUUGCGAAUACCAUAUGGAUUCCAUGAGUACUUUGGAACUCUGUGAACUUUACUUUUUUUUUAAUCAAAAUUGUUUUAAUCUCAUAUUCAUUAUCUUUGAAUGUUACAAGGGUAUCUAAAUAUCCACAAAAGACAGAGUACUUAAUUGUUUUGCCAUGUAGGCUAUUAAAUCUUUGAUGCUCAUUGUUUCAGAACUUAUCACUCCAAGCUCAUGGGAAUAUUCCUUAAAUGUAUUUACCAAACUAAUGUAUUUAUUGUGGUGUAGAUAUAUGUCAAAAAUAUACAAAAAAUGUACAAAAUAGAAUAUCCUGAUCAAUUUUUUUUGGAAUAUAUUUACACAUAUAUGCACAUGUAUGAGCUAAUUUUUGUGAGUAUAAUGUAUUUUUAUUUCCCUGCUCCUAGAUUUGUGUGGAAAUGCUCCUGUUUGUUUGGAUUGGAUUCACUUGUCAUUCACAUCGUUGUGUGUUUUUCUUUUUGUUUUGUCAUCCACUUUUGAAUCAAAAUAUUUAUGGCGAACUUUUCUUUAUCCCUCACUUAAACUGUGAAUUUUUUUAUAUCAAAAUUUAAAAAAAAAACAAACAAACAAAAAAAAACAAACAAAUAUGAUGUAAAAUGUUCACUCAGUUCAUUCUUUGAUAGCAUUAAAGUUGACUUUUUCAGA